GAAAAUAAAAAAUAAGUAAAAAUAGAAAAGCAGUGACUUUCUCACGUUCUGUAUAGCUCCACCCCAUAAUUGGGGAUAGGCCAAAAUUAGGGUUAUGGAUUUUCAGAUCUGAAAAACAACCAAAAGUCAACAAGUCUAUUCCUUUCAAAUUUCUCCAUAUAUUAGGGUUUUAGAAUUAGGGUUUAUUUUGUGUUUGGAGUGAAGUGCCUUGUUAGGGGUGUGGUAAUUUUGAGCUGUCAAUGCAAUUUGAAUUGCAAUUAGGAAAUUUUUUUCGGUUAUUUUUGGGACACCGAAAAAGCUAAAUUGUGAGCAUAACAUCAAAUCAAUGUCGUGGGCAGGUCCAGAAGAUAUCUAUCUUUCUACUUCUCUUGCUAGCUAUCUUGAUAAGAAACUUCUCGUAUUGCUGCGAGAUGGGCGAAAGCUUUUGGGGACACUUCGUUCUUUUGACCAAUUUGCUAAUGCUGUUUUAGAAGGUGCAUGUGAGCGUGUUAUUGUUGGUGAAAUCUACUGUGAUAUUCCGUUAGGUCUUUAUAUUAUCCGAGGGGAAAAUGUUGUGUUAAUUGGCGAGUUGGAUGUAGAUAAGGAGGAACUUCCACCCCACAUGACUCGUGUCCCAGAAGCUGAGAUAAGAAGGGCCCAAAAAGCAGAAAGGGAGGCUACAGAUCUUAAAGGUACAAUGCGAAAGAGGAUGGAAUUCCUUGAUAUGGAUUGAAGUUUCUUGCUCAUACCAGGUUUUGCUUGGAAAUCAUGCCAAGCCUUCCGCAAAUAUUAACGUGGUUGCUUGGUGGUUGCAAAAAGUAACUACGGAUCAAUUUCUCUUCUCACUGGCUGUACUUUGCAUCUGUAAGUGUUCGUCAUAACAUCUACAGUACAUCAUUGCUGCUGGGGUGGGAACAGAGUUGCUAUUGCUAUUAUCUUUUUAUGUUUCCUCUGUUAGAUGUUCGAGUAUGGUUGGUUCUCUCAUCUUCCUGGUAGUACAGGUAUUUUACCUGUUGAUGGUUUGGACAAUGCUAGACUAUGAAGAUGGUAAAAAAGUGAUCCAUUGUUCUCUUAUUUUAGUCUUGAAGAACGUAAACUUCUGUGGUUGAUUGUAUAGACUGAAAUCUGGAUUCAGCAUUUUAUCCUGUUGAAAUAACAGUUAAUUUUAUUUA